CACAAAUCGCGCAUUGGCGCACACCAAACAGUGGCGAGCCAGCAUGCUGUACGCGCUGUCAACCAACAGUGGGCUGGAAGGGUUUGCCGCCCAGGAGGUGGAGAGCUUCCUUGGUGCAUCGGACGUCAACACCACUGAGAGCUUCGUCAGAUUCACGUCAGAAUGCCAGGCUUGUGAUCUCCUCAACCUCAGGACGGUGGAACGGGCAUUCGCGGGGCUGGCGUGCUUGGACGACAGCGUGAUGGCGACGUUCAAGGAGCGCGACGCAACCGAGUGCAUGGAGCUAAUCGCAGAUGCCAUCACACCCAAGGCAGCCGCCGCCGCGCUUGCCGCAUGGCGAAACGCCACCCAGAACACCAGCAACAGCUUUGAACCCUCCUUUCGCGUGUCGUGCAAGCGCAUCGGUGGAAGGUCAAAGCACCUCCGCUCAACGGACAUUGCUGCACAUGUGGGCAUCAGUAUGCGAAACAAGCUGGGCUGGCGCGUGGACCUCAAGUCGUACGACAUGGAAGUGUAUGUUCGCGUCGAGGACACCUUUGUCUUCGUGGGCAUCUCCCUCAGCGAGCAGCGGCUGACGGAUCGCAAAGACAUUGUUGUGGAAGGGCUGAGAGGCAGCGCCGCUUACGCGCUUGCCAUGAUGGCUGAACCGCGGCCCGGCGACGUCAUCCUCGACCCCAUGUGCGGCAAAGGCGCCUUGCUAUUCGAGGCACACCGGCUCUGCCCUGCUGCGCUGCUCGUGGGCACCGACAUGUCGAACGCUCAGCUGCGAGCGGCCGCGCAGAACGCCAUUGGUACGCGCUCGUCGCACCAGGCGGCCCUGUUCAAGGGGGACGCGCGCAUGCUGCCGCUGGAGAGCGCGUCCAUCGACCGCAUUGUGUGCGAUCUGCCCUUUGGCAAGAAGUUUGGCUCAGCGAAAGACAACAGGGACCUGUACCCUGCGGUGCUGCGUGAGUGUACGCGUGUGCUGCGUCCAAGCGGCCGUGCCGUUCUGCUCACCAGCAAGAAGCAGCUUACAACGCUGCUCACCGCUGUGCACGGGCAAGAGCUCCACAUAUGCCGCCAGCAGCGCUUCAAACUCGGCAAUACGGAGAGCACAGCUGUGGUUGUUCGCCAUCGCCGCGCUGGCGAUCCCGUCAUUGACCCAGCAGAGGCAGCGCUGGAUGCGCGAGCCCGACGCAAGCGGAACAAAGCCAAGCGCGCAGCGAACGCACGCGGGGGCGAAUAUGACGACAGCUCCAAACGCGCCAAGCAGCCAGCUCAGCAGGCUGCAGCCGCUGCGCAGGGGCAUAAGCAAGAGCAUGAGAAGCGACACGAGCAAGAGCAGCAACACAAACAAGAUCAAGAUCAAGAUCACGAGCCAGGGAGAAUACGGCUUCCACAAAGGCAACAGCGGCGGCAACAGCAGCAGCAGCAGGCGCAAGGCUGGGGCGAGUUUCUUCAAUCAUCGUGUGUGUUGUCCUGA